GUUGUCUGGUUUGGUUGCUAGGAGAUUCUCCCAGAAGUUUGUAAACAUUUUACCUGCCAACGUGUUUAUGAGAUGAUAUUCAAAUAUUUAAAGUAACGUCAAUUUCAGCAAAGAGCGGUGUCUUGUCACUUCAAUAGUUUUGGAAAAGUCCUUUACUUUUUUUGCAUGUUUCACUUUCCAACAUUUGGUCACGUUGAUAGACAACAUGCUGAGAAAUAAGGUUCUGAGCCACAGCGAGGAGCUAAAGCUGAAGAAGGAGUUAGGGGUGCUACGCAAUGAGGCCCAGUGUGAAUUCCUACAAAUGAAGCAGCUGUUUUUCAACUCCCACACAACCAGCAGCACACAGGCCCAACCACCAGACUCUCUCCACACACUGGAGUCAUCAGGACUGAUGGAAGAGGCUACAGAGGGACCCUGUGGCACAUCGGACACACCCCAAAAUAGGACCUCACAGAUGUCUGCAGGGUCAGUCAGCCUGUUGGAGUUCCAUGCAGAUCUGCUACAAUCCCCACCUGCCUCCUUACCACAAAGUGCACUCCUACUAGACAUCCCUAAAACAAAGUCUGAGGUGAGCGGGAGUCAAGGAACCAUACUUAUCAAAGGAAUCAGUGAAGGGAGAAAUUCAGUUAGUUUGGUCCUGUCUCCUCCAGGCCAGAAACCUUCCCAGAAGCCGGCCAUAGCUCAGCUAGCAGGGACUACCAAAGUGGUGUCCAUGUCCAUGAGGCCACAGCCUCCCUCUAAGCCCAGGUCAGAGAGGCCAGCAACAAGGACCAGGAAGUUUAUAUACAAGAGCAAGAAGGAGUCAGAGCAGGUGUCGGAGAAGGAAGCGGCGGAGAGGUGCAUCCGGAGCUCGGACAACACCGAUGACAGCAGGAACAGUGAGGACUCUGGCUCCGAGCAAUCCCACGGGAAAGCCCCACAGAAGGUCAAGAAAAAGAAAAGGAGGAAACAGAAAGAUAGGUCUACGCAUGCACCAAGGACUCCCACUGACGACAGAAGCUCAAAGAGCCAGAGGAGUACCAUGGCCCCUAACAGUAUCCACAGUGUCAAGUCCACCACAGAGCUACUGGAUGAGGCACGGGGCAUUGUAGGGGCCGAAGGUGCAGAGAGCCAGGAGGACACGGACCCCCAGCAGAGAGAUCCAGAGGAGUCAGUGGCCACGACUAUGGGGCUUGUCAGAGGCAGAGGGAGGACGGUGGAUGAGAUCGUUGCCUCCUUCCAGAGAGGGGACAGUGAUAUGCCAUCUGCCUCGGACCAGAUGAUCAAGGAGCUGAUGGAAAGAGUGCUGGGGGACAGCUAUAACGCUGACAACGAGGAAGAAAAAACAGUGGAAUCAGAGGAGAGAGAAGAGAAUAUUAGCCAUGUACAAACAGAGGGUACUCCUCAGAGGCCCCCGGUUCGACAGAGUAUGUUAUGGGUCAAGAGGGAGACACCUACCCCUCCAAGACCUGCUGAGUCCCCUAAAGUCACACCAGGGGUCUACAAGAUCGCUCACUCGCUGUCUGAACGAGAGACAGACGGCGAUGACUCUAUGGUGUCUGCUCUUCCACAGAACGUAACUUAUGCAGAUGUGAUGACAGCUCGAGGAGAUACCAUAGCUCCUUCUCAGAGACCAGCGAGGGUGUCUUUACAAAACAAAACCAUUCAAGGCCUCUCCCCUCUAGCGACAUGGGCCCCCAAAGCGCAUGCAGAUGGGUACAAGACCAUUCACCACCUCUGUACAACCCCAGUCAGCCAGGCCCUGCCUCUGGAGCUGCAGCUGGCUUCCCGGGUCUGUCACACCUCUAGCCAACUCAGUGCACCACCGCAGUUUCACCAACAGAGGACAGCUCUACAACACAUCGCUGCCCAGCCUGACAGACACAGGAUAGUAAAUGAAGGCGUGCCCUGCGUGGAGGUGACUGAGUCUGAUGGAAAGGACUGCGUGGGUCACCUGCCUCCCCAAACUUCAGACAGCUUGGCAGACUGGCAGAGGAUCGCUGAGUAUUACGUAGAGAAGCCCAGGAUGAUGCUUCAUGGACAGGCGACCUCUCUGUGUUCCAACGAGCUGAAGAUGUUCUGGCACCCAGCGCCUCCUAAGUUCAGCUGCUCUCCUGCAUUCGUCAAACACAAACUCUUUCCCAAGUACCAGGCAACGCGGAACGAUCUCUCCAGAGAGGAGCUCUAUGGUGAUCUGCAGGACCUGGUGGAAUCAGCCUGUGACCUGACAGAGAUGGAGCCAACCACCUCAGUGGAAAAUGUGCUGUCCAGAAAGUUCAAGUCUAUGAUAGACCUCAGAGUAACUGAGCAGUCACCUCAACCCUCCAUUGACGAAGAACAGUGGAAGAGGCCCUUCUCUGCCCCACACCUCAACCCUGAGCCAGAGGCCUUCCUCAAGGUAUCAUGUGACUUUGCCACCGUCACCAGAGAGCUGGAGGUGGUUCGGCAGCAGCUGUCCUCCACUGUGCUGGCUGAGGAGACCCAUCCCCAGGCUACUCCCACUGUCCAGCAGGACGCCGACCACCAAGCCCCCGCAGCAGGCCCCAACACAGAGGAGCUUACCCCAGCCCUCAGCCAGAGUCAACUCCAGUACAGGAGGGACCGAGGCAGGGUGACGCUGGGGGAACCCGUCAGGAGAGGCAGCAUAUCCCACUCCAAGAAGAAGGUCGCCAAGGGUUCGAAGAAGCUGUGCCCUGCCAAGCUGGCCUACAUCCAUGAAAAACUGCAGGAGCCACCACGUACUCUCAUCAGGAGUGAGUCUGUGUGCCAGCUACUACCCAUCAAACCCACCACGUGCCUUUCAGAGGAGCCUCCUCUCCCGCUCCCCUUGCCCCGCUACCCGAGCCUACCCCUGGUGCUGGACUUUGAGAGCUUUGCCGCUGACCAGGGUGGCAUCCCCGACGUGCUCCCUCCCCGGGAGUGGGUGAGGGAUAUCUGGGAUGCCUGGUUUGACCAAUUCUUCCCCCCACUUGAGGAGAGCAGCAGCACCUCCAAGAAAGAGUCAGACUCCUCUAAGAGGGCCCCCAGCAGCAGCCUCCAGAGCGGGGCCCUGAAGAAGCCUGGGGAGAAGGUCCUGAUGCUGGAUGAGAUACAGCCUCUGGACUGGGUGGACCUGUCUCUGACCCUGGACCAGGGUCUGACCACAGGGGACCUGGAGGGAGAGGUGGCCAAGCUGACCCAGGAUAUUGCCCAGCAGGACAGACCCAGCGCCUUUUACCUGUGUCGCAGGGGGGCGCUGCAGAAGAAACUGGGCCGGCUUAACCAGGCUCUGGAGGAUCUCAAUGCCGCCAUUUCCCUAGAGCCCUACCUGCUGGAUGCUUACUGGCACAGGCACAGCAUUUAUCUGCUCAGAAACAACCAGAAUAGUGCUUUGGAUGACCUGAACUUUAUCAUCAAGCACACCAAGAAACAUGCAGAUGCCUUCAAGUCCAAAGCAGAAAUCUACAGAGUGAGAGGAGAGACCAUCCUGGCUAUUAUAAACUACACUCAGGCCAUCAAAUGCAGACCUGAAGACGAUGACAACUAUUUCAAGAGGGCUGAGAUGUACGAGAAGAGGAAUGAGAUUCAACUGGCCAUGGAGGACUAUGCCAAAACGUUCACCAUCAACCCAGGGAGAACGGACGCUCUGUUGACCCACGGCCUGCACUACUUCCACAGCUGUAACUGGAUGGUGGCUCUGUCUGACUUUUCUCUGCUGCUCCAGCGUGAUCCUAGCCAUGCCAUCGCCAGGACGUACAGGGGCAGGAUCUAUGCUAAGGUGGGUCAGUACCAGGAAGCCAUCGAGGACUUCUCCCUGGCAGUUCACCUGGACCCCAAUGCCUGGCUGGCCUUCUACCACCGAGGCUGUCUGCUCAGGAAGAUGAUGCCUGAUAUUGCCCUCCAAGACCUCAGCAUCUCAGUACUCAUUAAUGAUAGCCAAGAGAACCUGAGUGCCUUCCUGCACAGGGGCCUGCUCUAUACGGAGCGACAGCAGUGGCAACAAGCCGUGUCCGACUUUGAAGCCGUGAUCAAACUUGACAGGUCUGUAGCACUGGCCCAUGUGAUCCUGGGCUUGAUCUUCAUGUUGAAUAUGGGCCAGAACUAUGAAGCCAUCCAAAUGUUCAGCAACGCUUUGAGGGUGGACCCCACCUACAUCAGAGGAUACAUCUGCCGGGCCCAAGCCUAUCGUAAUGUCAAUGAUCUGAAGAGAGCGCUGAAAGAUGUGACACGAGCCAUACAUAUGAAGCCAGACGCUCAACAAUUGUAUAUCAUGAGGGGCCAGUAUUUGUGUGACAUGGAACAGUUUGACCUGGCCACGUUCUGUAUCCAGUACGCUGCAGAGAUGAACAAAGCACUAGGGUCAUCUCCCAUCCAGCAGGCUGCUGUCCAGUCUUUCCUGGGGAAUGAUGCCAAAGCCAUUGCCUGUCUGGAGGCAGCCACCAACAACCAACCUUCACCUCCCAUCCUCAUUCUCCUGGGCAAGACACAGAUGAAGGCACGCAAGUUCAUGGAGGCAGUAGAGAGCUUCAGGAAAGCCCUGAUUCUGCUGAGCCCCAACGAGACCAACCUGUACAACGUCUCUGAAGCUGCAGAGGUCUUCUAUCUGACUGGACUCUGCUACAUGGCACUGGAUCUCCUGUUGCAGGCUUUUGAUGCGUUCAGCAACGCAGUGAAGAUAAACCCUGACUAUGCAGAUGCGUACCACCAGCGUGGGCUCUGUCGUAUGCGCCUGCAGCAGUCCGAGAGUGUUCAGGACUUCAACAGAGCCCUCUUCAUCAACCCCAACCUGUUCCAGGUGUAUCUGAGCCGUGCAGCCUUCUAUGGCGCUAAAGGGCGCUAUUCAAAGGCCAUCCUGAACUGCAACGAAGCCAUUAAGAUCCAGCCCAAGAGUGUCAGAGUCUACCUGUAUAGAGGAGCACUCAAAUUCUACCUGAAGGUGUACAAAGGGGCAGUGGAGGACCUGACCAUGGCCCUGAGGAUAGACAAAACCUGCUCAUUUGCAUACUACAACCGUGGAGUGUGUUAUCAGCAACUCAAGGAAUAUGAAUUGGCUCUUAGAGACUAUGGGAUUGUCCUCCUCCUUCCCAGCAAGAAGGAGAUUGACCUGAAGGUCUUGAUCAAUCGUGCUCUUCUAUACGUGGAGCUGAGUGACCAUCACAAUGCCUUACAGGAUUUCAAAGCUGCCUCCUUGAGAAGUCCAGAGGACGCCACCAUCUACCAUGCCCUAGGAGUCUCCCAUCACAGGCUGGGUCAGCUCCAGGAGUCAGUAGAAGCCUACAGCCAGGCCAUGCAGAUCAGCCCGUUCUUCCUAGAUGCCUACGUGGGGCGGGGCAACGCCUACAUGGACUACGGGCACACCCAGGCUACCAAACACGCUCAGAGGGACUUCCUUUCCGCCCUGCACCUCAACCCCCUCUGCUCCAACGCACGCAUCUGCCUGGCCUACAACUUCCAGGUUUUCGGUUGCUUCCAAAGAGCCUGGAACCAGUUCACAGUGGCAGCAGAGAUUGACUCCAAAUGCUGGAAGGCAUUUGAGGGGAGAGCUGUCAUCAACCUGCAGAUGGGAAACACCUAUGCUGCUUUCCAAGACAUUAACAUGGCUUUGAAGCACCAUCCUGUGUCAGAUCAGCUGCUGACUAACCGAGGGGUGAUAAACCAGUUCAUGGGGGACAAAACCAAUGCCAUGAAAGACUACCAGAGAGCCAUCUCACUCAACACCAAGUACGCCCUGGCCUUCUUCAACGCUGCUAACCUCUACUUCUACAACAGGCAGUUUGAACAGGCCUGUGAGUACUACAGCCGAGCGUUUGAGCUGGACCCAGCAGAUGAGUCUGCGGUGCUGAACCGGGCCAUCACCAGGGCUCUGCUGAGGAAGGUUCCAGAGGCCCUCCAGGACUUCUCUGAGGCCCUGAGACUCAACCCUUAUUCCUCACAUGUGUUCUUCAACCGAGCCAAUCUCUACAACUGCCUGCGCCAGUACAGGAAUGCAGAGAAGGACCUCAGUCAAGCUCUUGUCCUCCAGCCCAACGAUGCCCUGGUCUACAAGCUCCGUGCUGAUGUCAGAGGCCACCUGGGCAAGACUGACCAAGCGAUGCAGGACUAUAGAACAGCAGUGGAACUCCAAGAGGCACUGGAGGGCUGAGAUGAGCCAACCCCAUAUUAGCGAUACCAUACCGUCUGUCUCCUUAUGAUGCUACUCAACGUGACAGGUUCAGACCUACCGGUCAUAGGUAUGGUUGACUGAGGAAAUAUAUACUGUUCAUCAAAAUGUAUACUUUGUGAUAUAUUGUGCAUCAGAAUCUUCAAUAUUUGUUAUAUUUGUUGUUAUAUGUUUCAUAAAACUUCCAUGACAUUCA